UGACUGCGAAGAUUUUACCAAAAAUUGCUUACUAAAGCACAUAACGGUCAAUUUUGAAAGGGAUAUUUUGGUAGAAAAGCAGCAAAGUUCAGUGUGGUGUGAAAAGUAGUCUGAGAAAAAAUUUACAACACAAAGAAAGUUUGGGUGAGGAGAAAGAAAAUGAGUUCCAACAAUACGAGCAGCAGCAACAAUAAGAACAACGAUAGCUCAUACAGUAGCAGCAACACGGAGGACUACAAUGAGGCCACGGAGGAUCGUCGAAGGAGAGUUUUCAAGAAUCGCACGAGCUAUGGAUCUUGCUCGAAACCCAAAUCGUGUCUGGUCCAGCGAACCUGCACCCACUCCUUCACAGCUCAGAACAGGAAUCCUCGACAUGGGACAGCUGGAGCUGUUGGAGUAAAGCCUCAUCAGCACAAGAGACCCCAAUCAACCACCCAGACCCAGAAUCAGCAGCCAAACUUGCCGGCACCAUCCACAAGUGGGCAGAUUCUGGAGGAACGCAUCACUCUCGUUGUAGACAAUUCUCGCUUCGUCAUCGAUCCCACUCUCUUCACAGCCCAUCCCAACACAAUGCUGGGCAGGAUGUUCAGCUCCGGCAUCGAGUUUACGCAUCCCAACGAACGCAUGGAGUACGAAGUGGCUGAAGGAAUCUCCGCAAGUGUCUUCCGCAUCAUCCUGGAUUACUACAAGCACGGCGUCAUCCGAUGCCCGCCAACUGUGUCUGUCCAGGAACUCCGUGAGGCCUGUGACUACCUCCUCGUGCCCUUCGAUGCAACCACAGUUCGCUGCCAGAAUCUAAGAGGUUUCCUGCAUGAGCUCAGCGACGAAGGAGCUCGGUGUCAAUUUGAGGUGUUCCUGGAGGAGCUUAUUCUGCCGCUGAUGGUGGCUUCAGCUCAGCGUGGUGAUCGAGAGUGUCAUGUUGUUGUUCUCCUUGACGAUGAUGUUGUGGACUGGGAUGAGGAAUAUCCUCCGCAAAUGGGCGAGGAAUACUUUCAAACUGUCUCCAGUACUGUUCUCUAUCGCUUCUUCAAGUACAUCGAAAAUCGCGAUGUAGCAAAGCAAGUGCUGAAGGAUAGGGGCUUGAAGAAGAUUCGGUUGGGCAUUGAGGGCUAUCCUACGCACAAGGAGAAGGUCAAGAAGCGCCCCGGUGGACGUGCUGAAGUGAUUUACAAUUAUGUCCAGCGUCCAUUUAUUCACAUGUCGUGGGAGAAGGAAGAGGCCAAGAGCCGUCAUGUGGAUUUCCAGUGUGUCAAAUCCAAGUCCGUGACGAAUUUGGCUGAAGCAACAGCCGAUCCCAUCAUCGAAUUGGAUGCUGGCGGAAAUCCGCUUCCGGCUGCCCAGCGUCUUCAGGCUCAGGCUGCUGGGGAAGGUGAAAUGAGGAAUCGUGAGUUUGUGGUGGAGCCUGAAGAGGGUGCUGUCGGCGGGAUACUCAAUGACUUGGAACCACUUCCGCCGGAUGAAUAGGAUGAGAUUUUCUACUUCUUCUAAAAUACGGCACCAAUCGUCUUAAUGCGCACACGUGCUUUGUGAGAUUCAUAAAAAAAACAACAACAACAACAAAAUCCUGCCCAUUUUUUUGUGAACCAAUCUCUCCCUCUCGGCAGCAGUAUUCUCCGGACAGAGACUUCCCCGCAGGCAAAAAUCUCAGAUUAGGAAUCAGAGAUGAAAUAUUUUGGAUUUUGCGGAGGGGGAAUAGCAUAAUAUUGAUGAAUAACAAAUAUCGUAUAAUAAUUUUGUUCAUUUUAUUGUGUAAAUGUUUUUAAAAAGGCAUUUUUUACAAAUUGAUUAUAAGUGAUAUUGAGUCCUUGGAAUUAUAAGCCUCAUCCAGAAUAUAUUUAUAGAUUUUGUAUACUAUUUGGACUGAGCAAUUUUGAGAGAUUUGGAGUUACAGUUCCUGCCAAAAAUAUAUAUAUAUAUAUUGUAUCUUACAACUUACUAAAAAUUAAGAAUUAUCCCGCAUAAAAACAUAAAAUAAUUUAUAAAAUAUUGCAAAAAAAUGACUAAAAUCCACUAAAAUAAAAUGAUAAAAAUCAUAGCUUAUGCGUCAACAUUGAUGAUGAGGAACUGUAUUGGCAAACUCAAAUUGCUCUAAAAAAGAAACUCCUGGAUGUUCUCUGAAAGAGAGAUGUGAAUUUUUGUAGAAAAAAAAAUAUUUGAGGAAUUAUAAGGACAAGUAUAAAA